UAGAUGUGCAAGACAUCUCACCUGAAAUCUUGAAAAGUAGGCUAGCCAAUAUUAAUAUUUUCAAAUCCCUUUGUAUUGUUCAAUAUGUACCCAACCCAAGAUAAGGUACCUAGGUAGGUAGAUGCAUGCAGUUCGAAAGACCCAUAACUGAGAUUGAUCUGUCGCGGAAUCUGGCAAAGGAUUCAAUGGAUCCAAAACCCGGGUUGGAACUAGGUACCUUGGUACAUAUGUAGUAGACUGUACCUGAGCUGCAUUAUGUAAGCACUGUAAGCACCGGGGGAAGAGGAGCUAGAACUAAUCGCCCAAUCAUCAUCCGCCUAUCGAACCAUCAAUUCAUCUAUCGCAACCUUCUUCGCUUAAUUGACGAUGUCGACUCGACGACGUAGGGAUUGACGUCUUUAAAAUAUUGUAUCUUAACCCGACCUUACCUAUAUUUUCGAAAACAUAGGAAUUAUGAUUGAAGUCUGGAUAUUCCCAUAACAUUAGACCUGUUAUCCAUCGUCACUAUCAUCGAAAACUCAAGAUGGUGGUCCGAACAACUUCGCUCAACUCGCUCAAGAGGUUCCUCCCCAAGAUACACCAACCCUUGCCGUUGACCCCCCGCGAGUCCCAACAGAUGCUCGAUUCCAUCACGACGUCCUUCCGAAAGAACCUCGAUAAGGAACACCCGUGGGAGCAUCACGAUGAUAUAACAUCGCAGACUUCUAUACCUCAAAAUAAAAAGCCUACCUUUUCGACAUCUCUCCCCUCUUCGUCUUCUUCGCUAGAUACCCCAGGCCAACAGCAUCCGACAGACCGACACUUACGCGAUAUUCUCUCAAACCCCCUCUUUUCCCACCAGAGCAAGAAGAAACUGCCUUCGGCGUCUAGGGACCCUCUCGAUGUCUUCGAUUCUGCCGUGUCGCGGGGUCUUAUGACCCCGCAACGUGCUGUCGGCUUUCUCGCCAAGGUACGGUCCCAGAUCGGAAACGGAUCGGCCGACGAUAUUCGGCGGGGUAUGGCCGAGUCCGGGGCUGGGUUACGGGUGGUACAGUGGCUUCGGGCCUCCGGUCUAGAAAAUGACAUGCAAUUCAGUUCUAACUCGACCUUGUUUGCGGCCCUCAUACCCUUUAUGUAUGCCGAAGGCCUUGAGGAAGUAGCUUGGACGUGGGUGGCGCGCCUAUCUAUAUGCGACAAGACCCACGAUAUCAAAAAGCUUCACAUAUCGACCUUGUCGGCCCUAUUGUUCGCCAUCUUGAACCAGACUUGUCAUACGUACUCUGGGGUGAAGACUAGCCUUGACUCCUCGUACGAGGCUAUAAUACGUGCGAACGAUAUACUGCCUAAACAGAACGAAGUAGCGCUCAAAAGUUUCCGGAAGGCGUGGGCUGGAUUGUCUUGGAUUUCUACGGUGUGCGCCUCGGAACGGCCAAAACCCUCAGCACCUCUGUUCGAAUCGUUCGUCGACAUAGGGCGCCCAUGGAAGAUGCCGAUGGAUAUGGCGCACCUGGAGCUCCAUCACCCUCUCGUGCCCAACCAUUCUGCCGCUGUUCAGUUCUUACAUAACAGUUCUGAUUCCUCAAAUCUUUAUCCAUCUACCCGCAGGCGGCUUGUUUGCUUAGCCCUGGAUACAGCUGAUCGGCUGAAAGAAGUCGGAGAUACAGACGAGGUCUCCUGGGUUGAGCGAUUCUUGCUAAGGAUAGGAGACGACUUGAACUUUGGCAUUUUUAAUGCGCCUGGAAAGGACUUGAUAGCAUCCAAAUUACCCAUUUAUCGUAUGAUGUAAGAGACACAGAACUAUAACAUGAGGAUGGGAAUGAUCAUAGUGUCGUUCAAUUUUUAUUAUUAUGGGAAAGGAAAUCUGGGCUGGGCCGGCGUUUCGAGUGAAUUAGGCAGCAUGCUCUAUAGGUAGGUACCGAGCUUUAUCCAAUGGAAUGGGAAUCGAAGUUCGCAAUGCAGCGUUUAAGGGCUAUUAGCAGCAUAGGCACUUCUUAGCAAUAAAAUUACUAUUGUAUAUCUUGAC